AUGGGUGAAUACCAUCAUCUCUGUAAUGAAUCAGCAGAGUUACAUGAGCAAACUGUGAUGUCUUAUGCAUUCAAUAUUUUUGUCGUUACUUUGUCACUUCUGAUGAUAUACGGCAAUCUUCUUGUAAUCAUCUCUGUGAUUUACUUCAAACAGCUCCACACUCCAACAAACAUCCUCAUCCUGUCUCUGGCUGUGACUGACCUGCUUGUUGGAGCUUUAGUUUUGCCUUUCAGCACAAUAUUGUCAAUGAGCUCCUGCUGGUAUUCAAGUUAUUUACUCUGUAAAAUGCGAGGUCUGUUUGAUAUAUUACUAUGUGACUCAUCCAUUUUAAAUUUGUGCUGUAUAUCAAUUGACAGAUAUUAUGCAGUAUGUCAUCCUCUAACGUAUACAACUAAAAUUAAUGUUCGUGUUACUCUGGCUAUGAUCGUUGUGAGCUGGACUCUUUCAGCUCUGCUUGCUAUAAGCAUCACAGGACGUGGGAUAAGUCAAAAAAAUCUUAGCCAGAGGUGUGCUAUAUUUAUAGCUACAAAGGAAUUCAGCCCUGGACCAAUUUUUGAAUUUUAUAUUCCAGCAAUUAUAAUUUUAACAAUCUAUCUUAAGAUUUUGAUGGUGGCAAAGAAGCAGGCAAGGCGAAUUCAGAACACCAUAAAGUCCAAAGCAACUUUCAGUAAGAGCAACAUAACUCUAGCUAUUGUGCUUGGAGUCUUCCUUAUGUGUUGGACUCCUUUCUUUUUAUCAGUGGGUUUACAUAGUAUGGGGAAAUUCACAAUACCAGUUGCAUUGAUUGAAGCAUUUAAAUGGCUUGGAUGGUCCAAUUCUAUGUUAAAUCCAUUGGUUUAUGCUUUCUUCUACAGGUGGUUCAGACAGGCUUUUAAAAUUAUCAUUUCUGGCAAGAUAUUUCAAGGAGAUUUUUCAAAUACAACGUUGUUGUGA